AUGUUCCCUGGUCUCCUCUCUACAGUUCCAUAUUCAUUUGUGCUGAUCACCUUCAUUCUUGCACAACUCUACAGUCACGCUGAGGCGUUGACUUGCUACGAAAACGACGACGAAGGUAGAAUUUACGAGGUAACGAACAGUACGUGGAACUAUUGUGUGUUGAUACCGGCAACCAGCGUACGACCCAAUUCAGGACGUGUCUUCGGUGUGGGUCCGUCAUCGGACUUGACCGAAGCCUACGAUCACACCUUUGCACUCUCAGAUAAAGUCUACAAAAUCCUCACAGUAUGCGUUCUUGAGAAAUAUGACUUCGGAGUGCUCGCUCCGAAAUUCAGUGGAUUAGGAUCGAGUGCAGAGUUCAUGUUCCGUUGCGUGUGCAAUUACGAUCGUUGCAAUAGUGCGACAACAUUCUCCACUUAUCUGACGGCUCUAAAAGAAGAUAACUCAUUGUGA